GGGGGCGGCGGGGCCGGGGCCGGGAGCGGGGCAGGAUCCCGGGAUCGGGAUGCGGGGGCGGCCCGGGACGCGGCCUCGCUGCCCGGAGCGACACCAUGCACCCGGCCCUGGCGGUGGGGCUGGUGUUCGGCGGCUGCUGCAGCAACGUGGUGUUCCUGGAGCUGCUGGCCAGGGAGUUUCCAGGAUGUGGGAACAUCGUGACCUUCUCCCAGUUCCUGUUCAUCGCCAUGGAAGGUUUUAUCUUCGAGGCCAAUUUUGGGAGGAAGAGCCCGGCCAUCCCAAUCAGGUACUAUUUGAUCAUGGUGGCCAUGUUCUUCACCGUCAGCGUGGUGAAUAACUACGCCCUGAACCUCAACAUCUCCAUGCCCCUGCACAUGAUCUUCCGCUCGGGUUCCCUCAUAGCCAGCAUGGCUCUGGGAAUCAUCAUCCUGAAGAAAAGGUACAGCGUGUCCAAAUACACUUCCAUAGCCCUGGUAUCCCUUGGGAUCUUCACCUGCACUUUCAUGUCUGCAAAGCAAGUGGCAUCCGACUCCAGCCUAAACGAAGAGGAUGGAGUCCAGGUUUUCCUGUGGUGGCUGCUGGGCAUCGCCGCCCUCACCUUCGCCCUCCUCAUGUCCGCCAGGAUGGGGAUUUUCCAGGAGACUCUGUACCAGAGGUUUGGGAAGCACUCCAAAGAGGCCCUCUUCUACAAUCAUGCCCUGCCACUCCCUGGGUUCCUGCUCCUGGCCCCCAACAUCUACCAGCACGCCGUGCUCUUCAGCCAGUCCGAGCCGUUCCGGGUGCCGGUGCUGGGGCUGACCCUGCCCAUCAUGUGGUUCUACCUCCUCAUGAACGUCAUCACUCAGUACGUGUGCAUCCGGGGGGUGUUCAUCCUGACCACGGAGUGCCCGUCGCUGACGGUGACCUUGGUGGUGACGCUGCGGAAGUUCGUGAGCCUCAUCUUCUCCAUCCUCUACUUCCGCAACCCCUUCACGGCCUGGCACUGGCUGGGCACCGCCCUCGUCUUCCUGGGCACCCUCCUCUACGCCGAGGUCUGGCACAGCCUGGGCUCCCUCCUGGCCCGCUGCAGGAGGAGGAGGAGGAGGCCCAAGGAGGAGUGACGGCCCAAGGAGUGUUUUUGUCUGGGGAAUUCCCCCCUGAGGGGGGUGUUUUUAUAGGAGGGGUUGGCUGGGCCAAGCUCCUGGGAAUCAUCGGAACCCAAACGCUGGGAACUGGGACGGAUCAUGGACAGAUGACAAGGUUGUUUUGGAGAGUAGGUUUUUUUUUUUUUUAAUGCUUCCAGCUUUUUCUCUUGUUUUUUUGGUUGGUUUUUUUUGGUUGGUUUUUUUUUCCCAUUGGAAUGAGCCUUUGGAAGUAAAAGCUGACCCGGA